AAGAUGCAUUUGUGAUGAGGGGGGCAUGGUGGGGAGCCACCGUUGGGACAGAAGAGUUUCUUGCUGGGUACAAAGUUAGUCAAUCUUCUUUGUAAACAUGAUCGUCGUGUAUUGGAUCUUGGCGCUGUGUGGUUUGUCGCGUGCAGUGGGCACAGAUGUACCCUCGGGAGAAACGCUGUCAGACGUGAGCAGGCUGCAGAGGGAGUUAGGCAGGGAUGUGGAGCGACAAGGUUCGGAGAAGUCGGAGCUUUGGAAACGCAGCACAGGGCUGAAUGAACAGACAUGCACGGAUCUGACUGGAGUAGAGUCGACUCUGCAAAACAACACUCAUUCUUUUACCUUCAAAGUGAGGACCAUGGGUUCUCUGUCCCUGGCCUGGGUGGGAGAUGGAUCAGGGGUGCUGCUGGUCUUGACGACAUUCCAAGUGCCGCUGUUCAUGAUGCGUUUCGGACAGUCUAAUCUCUACAGGAGUGAAGACUAUGGGAAGACGUUCAAAGAUGUGACUCACCUGAUCAACCACACCUUCAUCCAGACUGAGUUUGGCAUCGCCAUCAGUCCUGACCACUCAGGGAAGGUGAUGCUCACUGGUGAUGUGUCAGAGAUCGGGGGAUUCAGACUGUUCCGCUCACAGGACUUCGGGAUGACCUUUGUCCCGACCGACCUGCCUUUCGAGCCCCUCAUUCAGAUGCUGUACAACCCUGCAGACUGCAAUGUGCUGCUGACGCUCAGUACCACGCUGGAUCUGUGGCUGUCUGAGGACUUUGGCGCCACCUGGAGGAGGAUCCAUGAAAGUGUUUGUUUGGUCAGAUGGGGUCAGAAAAACAGCAUCUACUUUACAACAAACAACAAUGGAUCGUGCAAUGAAAGAGGAAUGUUGGAGUUGCAGAAGACAACAGACUACGGGCGAAGUUCCAAAACCAUUGCAGCAAGAGUUUACUCCUUUGUCCUGGGAGGGCGCUUUGUUUUUGCCUCAAUUAUGACCGGCACGGGAACAGAGCGUAUGAUCCACGUGUCAGUGGACGGAGGUGAGGUGUGGAACAUGGCUCAGCUUCCUACCGUCAACCACGAACAGUUCUACUCCAUCCUGACAGCCAAUCAGGACAUGAUAUUCAUGCAUGUGGACGACCCCGGAGACUCCGGUGUUGGAACCAUCUACGUGUCAGAUGACAGAGGAACUGUCUUCUCCAAGUCCCUGGAGCGUCAUCUUUACACAACCACUGGAAGUGAAACUGAUUUCACAGUUGUUUCUUCACUGAGGGGCGUCUACACGACCAGCGUACUCACAAAAGACGGUGCAGUGGAGACGGUGAUCACAUAUGACCAAGGAGCAAGAUGGCAGACACUACACAGACCAGAGAACAGCAACUGUGAUACUGAAACCUCCACUAACAGGCCUAACAGAUGCAGACUUCACAUCCACGCCUCCUACAGCACCACCAUGAAGAUGAACGUCCCCAUGCUGCCUCUCUCACAGCCCAGUGCUGUGGGCCUAGUUCUAGCACAUGGCAGUGUUGGAGAAGCAGAAUCAGCUCUCGCGCCAGACGUGUAUGUGUCUGAUGAUGGGGGCUACUCAUGGAUGUUGGCUCUCAGGGGCCCCCAUCACUAUGCCAUACUAGACUCUGGAGGGCUGCUGGUGGCAGUAGAGCACACCAACUUACCUGUUAACCAGAUCAAGUUUUCCACAGACGAGGGGCAGUGCUGGCAUACGUAUAACUUCACCAGCGACCCACUCCACUUCAGUGGGAUGGACAGCGAGCCCGGCUCUCGCUCCAUGAACGUCAGCCUGUGGGGCUACAGGAACGACUUCAGCAAAUGGAUCGUGAUCACCAUAGACUUCAGGAAGAUCCUCACCAGGGAUUGUGCUGAAGGGGACUUUGUGCAGUGGCUGUCUCAUUCUUCAGACUCCAGUGGAUCUAAUGAUGGCUGUGUUCUGGGCUAUAAAGAGACCUUCCUCCGCCUGAGGAAAGACUCCGUCUGCUGGAAGGGGAGGGACUAUGCUGCCACUAAAAAGCUGGCCCCCUGUGCAUGCUCAGCGGAUGAUUAUCACUGUGACUUUGGGUUUUACCGUCCAGAGAACAGCUCUGAGUGUGUGGAGCAGGAGGAGAUGAAAGGUCGUCCCCUGGAGUUCUGUUUGAAUGGGACCAUAGAGGAGCUGCAGACCAGUGGCUACCGGAAGAUUCCUGGAGACCAAUGUGAGGGAGGUUUCCAGCCAGACAGGAAGGAGACAAACCUGGGGAGACUGUGCACCAGCAACGCCCUUUUUCCAAUUUCUCUGACUGACAACAGUACAACAAACACAGCUGUCAUAGUGAUAGUUAUCAUGGCAAUCCUGCUGACCAGCGCCAUCACCGGUGUUUGGUUGGUUAAGAAAUAUGUCUGUGGUGGACGGUUCCUCGUGCAUCGAUACUCUGUUAUGAGGGAACACGUGGAGGCUGAUAAAAUCGAAGGAGUGGAUGAUGUCGACCCUCAUUACAUGGAGACAGGAAAAGCACAGUACAAUGAAGACUCAGAUCAGGACCUUUUAGAAUAAGGUGGAUAUUUCUCACUUAUUGGUUCUUCUAGACUAAAUCUAACGCAGUCUUUCUUGAUGCCUGGGCACUUCUGUUGCUGAUUAACAACUUCAUCUUACUUCUCCCUGUCCCCCUGGUGGUCGGAGGAGUCAGCAGCAACUCACAUGGCUUCCUUGCACCAGUUGAGGCUCCCAAAAAAAGGCGAACCUGUAGUUUGGGGUGGAGGGGGGGUGGGGGGGAAAUCCAGCGCAGAACAAAAGAAAGCCUUUGAAAUCCCUGAGGAGCUUUUGUUGUUUCUGUCACUAAGAGUUCUGUAAAGACUGUUAUGUCUGAAUGUGGGCUCUGUUGUUAUAAGUGUUUGCUUUUAUGUUGACCCAAGAAAAGACGGUCUGUCACAUGGUAGGGAACUGCAGAAGCACAAUAUAGAGACUACAAUUUGGAUCUUUAGAAAGAAGAAUACAGAGAUGUUAAAAAAAUAAUUAGGGAAAGCACAGAAAACAAUAACUAGUGUUUUAGCUCUGAGAUAAUGUCUACUGUUAAUAAGUUAGUUAUGGUUUCUUUUCUGUUUAUCAAAGCUUGCAAGACACAGUCCUGUUGAGUGUGGCGGCCAUUUCAACAUUUAUUUUGCCAGUUUUACCGGUCACUAAAAAUGAGACAGUUUCCCCUUUUUGAAGGACUCUUCACUGUGUAUCAUUUUUUGGUAACAAGCUUACUAUUUGUGAAGACUUCAUUAAAUGGCAAAACACUAAGAGAAACAGUGCCUCCCAUAGUGUGACAGGUUACUAUUUCAAAACAAGUGCUAUACUUAUUUUGACCAUACUGAGAAAGUUCUCACCUCCUACAGAAAAAAGAAUAGCAGAAUUAUUUGUUGUCAGUUUAUUCUUACAUCUAAAUUAAAGCAGUGUAUAUAGGACUUUUAGCCAUGGCUAGUUUGCAAUCCUUGUCCCUUUUUUUUUUCUAUUCCACUUUUAUACUUAGGUUUUAUAUAAAAAUUAAUAGAUAUUUUUAUGGUCCAAUGUCAACGAUGAUGAUAUUGUUGUAAUAACUAUUGAUAAAGGGUUUUCAUCAAUCAGAAUCAAGUAUUCAACACAGCCUGGAAGUAAAUAAGAAAGCCAAGUAAUAAUCAUACACAUGCUAUCUUAGUUUAAGCCAUGAUUACUUUUGUAGCUGCUCCCAAAAUAACUAUUAACAUCAUACAUGAUAUUAGAAACAAGUUCCAACUAUUAUCAGCCACCAAAAAGCAAAAUGGACCAUCCUUUAAAAUACUUGUCCUUAAUUUUUAGUGCCUUGUGAAACUUUUGGACAAAAGGUUUAAAAGGCCAGCCAUUGUUUUGAAGACAUUUUUUUUUUUUAACAUAGCGCAGCUUCAUAAAAACCAACAUCUUAUACUCCCCCCUGUAUGUGUGGUGAAAAAUGAAAGACUUGAAUUUUUGCCAAAGCACUUUUAUAGUUUGAUUUUCUAAUGUUAGAAGAGAGGUUGUAGAGGUGAAAGCUAAUCGUAGUCCAGUAUGAAGGCAAUGCUAACCCAAAGUCUUUACUUGAACUUUCUGAUAUUUUUGCUUAACAGGAUGCAUCCUCAAUAUGACGCUAUUGUUGUUGUUUCUGUCCUUGUGUUUGCGUGUUUGUUUUCUUUUAAUUGGACUGAUAUUUUUCCUUAUAUCAGCCAUUGCCAGUUCACAAUUUGCUUAAAUUAAUAAUAUCAGGUCUCUUGAGAAGGACACAAGAAUGCAUGAAUAAAGGUUGAAUAUAAAAAUAAGAUUUAAGCUAAACCACCAAGAUAAUCAGAUGUUUUAGAGACCUUGUUUGAUUGUUUUCAGUCACCAGUGUUAAUACUGGAACAGUAAGCAAAAAUACUUUAAUGGAAGAACUGUAUAAGACUAAAAACAUUUGCAGGAUUAUAUUGAUGCAAUGUUUAGCCAGUAUGUUUGAUAUUAAAUCAGUGCAAUUCAAUUUAAUAAUCUUACACAUGUUGCAAAAUACCUACAAUUACAUUACUACUGUGCAAGAUGAAUGUGUCUGCUAAAUAUUAAUAAAGAGUGUAGACUACCUAAUUAGCAGAACUACAUCUUUUACAAAUAGACACAUUUUCUGUUGCAUGUAUUCUUUAGAUAAGAAGUCACUAGCUACCAUUUUGGUUAUCUACAGUAUAAUAACUGUAAUAUUUGGUGCUUGCAGGGCUUAAGGCUAGAGCUUGUUUUCUGCGGCAGACUCAAUAAUAUCCCAGCAAAUAAGCUAUUGUAAUAAGCUGGCCUGGUGUAGAGGCAUUUUCUCAAGGACUCGUGGGUGGACUUUGUCAUAUAUGACAGCAAAAUCAUUUGCUUGAUGCUUCUUUAUUUUUCAUAACUAUCAGUAAGAACACACCCAGCUAUUAACUGGAUUUCAGUUAUAUAUUUUUGCACUGUAUUUACAGAUCUGUGAAAAGUGACAUUUGUGCCUCCUUGUACAUUUCAUUUGUGUGUGAGGGCCAGAAGUUGUGAUCUUCAUUCCAUCUUGUUUCUUGACUGUUAACUAGAAUAUCAGAGAGGAGUCUUUGUUUUUUUAUUAAACUGUUCUGUAGCAAACAUGUUUGAUAAAAAGGUGUGCAUUUAUUGAAUAAAGUAACACUCUCAUUUCA